GCGGCGGGGGCAGAGCUCGGUCGGCGGCGUCGCGUGCGAGCGUCGUCCGUGUGCUCCUGGAGGCGCUGCCGGAGGCUUUGGCUCUGCUCUGAGCUGCUCCGGGAUGUUCUGCCUCCUUUCUAAGGCGCUGUCUUACUUCUGGAGACGUGCAGGUGACGAAGAUGAGAGAUGGGCGACCUCAGGUGAUCAAGAAUUGAAAACAGUACAAGGAGUAGUGACAAGACUUUGCCAUGAUUAUGGGAUGAUAGAUGACAUGAUAGUCUUCACAAAGGAUGUUGUUACAAAAAAUAUGUUGCUGGCCAUUGGACAAGAAGUUAUUGCCACAGUGGAAGAGGAUAAAACAUCGGGUGGCCUGAAGGCUAUCAGGAUAGACACCAUCCAGGAUACACAAGAAGACUUCAGUCCUACUUUUGAUGCCUCUGAACUACAUAACAAAACAUUAAUUGGCAGUAUUACCUCUCUCUCUAAGCAUGGUGGCUAUAUUAAUCAGAAUACUUACUUUGCAAAGGAAGACGUCUGGGAAGAUUUCAAACCCUAUGAAGGUGAUUGGGUGCAAGCAAAGUAUUUUAUUAAUUUGACAACAUGGAAGAGUGAAGCAGUUGCUGUAAGGCCUUUGAGAUAUAAGCAAGUAAACAAGGUUCGCAUUUCCAGCAUCUGUGGAAGAACUGGGACAGUAGAUGAGAGUAUAUUUUUCACUUUGGAUUCCUUGAGACUUCCUGAUGGCUAUUCACCUCGUAGACAUGAUCUAGUGAAUACAAUUGUGGUGGAAAGCAGUCAGUCAUGUUAUAUUUGGAGAGCUCUCUGCCUAGUGCCAGUCAGCGAGGAUGGACAAUCUCACUCUAGUGGAGGUAAUACAGAUGAGCCUUAUGAAGACUUAAUGAGAGAAAAAGGAGAGUUGAAAAUAUCAAGAAUGACUAACUUUGGAACUCUGAAGCAGGGGGAAUCUAAAAGAAUUAUCAUUUGGAUAGAGAAUAAAGGGAGUGUACCACAGUCCUUAAUCAGCUGCAGAUUAGCUGGAUGGGUGAAAGACAAGCAAUUCAGGGUUCAGAUUCCUCAAAAAUGUGAGAACAGUCCAGAAGCAUAUCUGCCAUCUUUUCCAAUAAAUCAAGAAGACCUCUCAAAAGAUGGAGUUAAUUCAUUUAACAGCAGCGGAGGAACAACAUGCGAGUCAUCGAACAAUACAUCCAUUAUAAAGAGUGGAGUCAUUCCAGAAGGAAUGAAUUUUCAAGAUACAAAUUUAUCAAGGACUGAAGAAAACAUUUCCCUGGUGAAAGAUGAAAAUCUACAAAAUGGAGGAAGUGAGCAAAGAGACCAUGUGGAGCAACCAACUGGCAAAAUUACUGGAGAAAUUGUAAUACCACCAGGUGGAAAAACAUUCAUAGUGAUCAUAUGCACAGCUGUGAAUCAUGGGCACAGUAAAGAGCUCCUGUUACUUGGCUUUUCUGAUUUUACUGUUGGACGCUAUAUUGAAGCCACUGUAACAAAUGAAGAAGAAUUACUUAUAGCACCUGUGGAACCAUUUUCUCCAAGAAAGCCUAAAAUUAUUGCAGAUUCUCAGCUAAGGAAGACAACAGUGACUGGCCCUAAAAACAGAAGAAAUAACAGAAAGUGGUGUUCAAACUUUCUCCCACAUUAUACCAUACCAGAUGAAUUAAGAAGAUGUGUGGAGCAGAAGUUAGACAUACUGACCUUUCAGCCCCUCCUAGCAGAGCGUCUUAAUCUAGAUAAUUAUAAAGCAAACUUCUCUACUCUUUUGUGGCUUGAAGAGAUCCAAGGAGAAAUGGAUUUAAAAUGCUUCAGCAUGAGUGGGAUUACUUUGAAAAGGAAUGGGAACUUUUUAGUGCUGGAAGUGCCAGGAGUAGAAGAGGGCAGACCUCGCCUGGUUCCAGGUGAUAAGGUGAUACUGAAAAGUCAGGUCUACUCGGAGCAUAUAAUAGAGUACAUUGCCUUUAUUACUGAGAUAUGUCAUGAAGAUGUUACUCUUAAAGUUAAUGCAGACUUUGAACAAGCUUACAACUUGGAACCCAUGGAUGUGGAAUUUGUUCAAUGCAGGAUUCCUAGCAGGCGAUGCCAGUUGGCAAUUCAGCAAGCUUCCUACCUGGGUGAAAAAGUGUUAUUUCCGGAAAGGCUUGUCUUGCAAUCACCACAAGCUGUCAAGACACAGAAUACUACUGAGUACUGUGGUGUUGAUGAUGGCCUUAAACAAUCUUCACAGCAGGAAAGUAAGGUCAAAAAAAAGAAGAACAAACAGGCAAAAGGCAUGACAUCAAGGGAGGUGAAUGUACAGGAUAUGAUGAGAGUAACUCUGCCAACAAGCCAACUUGCUGGUGAAACUGUGGCACUUAAAGAGAGAGCUGGUGAAUUUUUCAAUCCGAUGCUGAAUGUGCAACAGAAACUGGCAGUGAAAAGGAUACUGAGUGGUGAAUGUCGCCCAACACCUUAUAUUCUCUUUGGACCACCAGGAACUGGAAAAACAGUAACAGUAAUUGAAGCUAUUUUACAGAUACAUUAUACUCUACCAGAUAGUCGGAUUUUGGUAUGUGCGCCAUCAAAUGCUGCAACAGAUCUGAUUUGCUUGCGGCUGCAUCAAAGCGGUCUCUUAAAACCGGGAGCUAUGGUCCGAGUUAAUGCUGCCUUCAGGUCAGCAGAGCAGAUUGAUGACAUGGUGAAACCUUACUGCAAAGAUGGUGAUGAUAUUCAGAAAGCAUUGUGGUCCAGGAUAGUAAUUACGACGUGCAGCAGUGCAGGAUUGUUUUAUCAAACAGAUACACGGCUUGGACACUUCACUCAUGUGAUUGUGGAUGAAGCAGGGCAAGCAAGUGAACCGGAGAGCCUGAUUCCUAUUGGACUGAUUUCAGAAGCUCAUGGACAGAUAGUUCUUGUUGGAGAUCCAAAGCAGUUAGGGCCGGUAAUAAAAUCUAAACUUGCGCUGACUUUUGGAUUAAGUAUGUCCUUGCUGGAAAGACUGACAACAAGAGAGCUAUAUCUGAGAGAUGAGGAUGCUUUUGGUGCCUGUGGAGCAUAUAAUCCUUUACUGAUCACAAAACUCACGAAGAACUACAGGUCACAUUCUGCAUUGCUUGCCUUGCCAUCUAAAUUGUUUUAUCAUAAGGAGCUAGAAGUUUGUGCAGACGCUUCAGUAGUAACUUCUUUGCUGAAUUGGGGUAAAUUGCCCAGGAAGGGAUUUCCAUUAAUUUUUCAUGGAAUAAAGGGCACUGAAACUCGUGAAGGUCACAGUCCUUCAUGGUUUAAUCCAGCUGAAGCAGUUCAAGUGAUGCAGUACUGUUGCCACCUUGCUAAAAAUGAAAACGCUGCAGUGUCAGUGACAGAUAUUGGAGUAAUUACACCAUAUCGUAAACAGGUGGAAAAAAUUAAAUUUCUUCUGAGAAGUAUUGAUUUGGCAGAUAUUAAAGUUGGCACAGUAGAAGAGUUUCAAGGGCAGGAGUAUACAGCUAUCAUCUUAUCAACAGUGCGAUCUCAGGAAGACUUAAUUGAUGAUGAAAAAUACUGUUUGGGCUUUCUCUGUAACCCAAAGAGAUUUAAUGUAGCAAUUACUAGAGCAAAAGCUUUGCUGAUUGUCGUGGGAAAUCCUCAUGUUCUUGUGAAAGAUCCCUGUUUUUGUGCACUGUUAGAAUAUAGUUUAAUGAAUAGAGUUUAUGUAGGUUGUGACCUGCCUUCGGAGCUGGAAUGCCUGCAGAAGUGUGACUAGUUUUUCGGUGUUCAAGAUGCAUUCAGUGCUCAUCUGUUUUGAAACUAAGAAUACUUAACAGAAAUUUAGCCCGGAGCAAAUGAAGCAUUUUUUGUCCUCAGGGAGAGGCACAUGGUCUGAAAUGGAUGAAAGUUUCUGCAAACAAGAUUUUUAUUUUCUUAAGAAGUGAAAAAGUUGAAAUUAAUAGUAUAAAACAGUAGUGGCAACUUACUUGCUUUUCUGUUUAAAAUGUACAUGACCGGGCCUCUGCAAAGAAGAGUAUGCCUGAAUCUAUAACUGUAUGCCUGAAUCCUCCAGGUUUCAGAAGAAAAAUACUGAAGAACUCUUACAUAAGCUUUUCCUUAUUCUAUAAUUGUUUCAGCUUCUCAGUUUUCUCUGACUUGUGUAGUGCCACCUAAAACUGGACUGUCCCAAGAACAUAUAUGUGUCGUGUCAUUGUCAUGGGAGUGUUACAGUAAUAUUUCUGCAAUGUGAACUGGAAUGAUACAUUAACAUCACGCAACUGAUCUCGAGUACCUUAAGCCAAGCAUGCUUAAAAACUCCCAAGUUUUUAAGGCCUUCGUUUAGUUUCCACUGCAGUCCAGCCAUUUGCUGUGGUGUAUGUCAGAACAAUACUUUAAGUGGUGGGUUAAAAUAAAAGAAAAAAAAAAAGAGAAAAAUAGAAAAUGUGUUUUCCUUUCUAUAAAUACACUGUAGAACAAAGUACCUUGUUUUAUUUUGGCAAAAUUAAAUAACUGAUGGUUUAGCAGUAUUCCUGCUCUUGGCUUCAUUUUGCACUGUGCUUUCCCAUU